GCUGCUGCGGCAGCAGAGGUGCUGAGGGUCUCCGGGUCAGGGGGAGUCAGGCUCCCCCAGCCGUGCACCAUGGUGGUGGCACAGCCCGCCGCCGCCGCUGCUGCCACGCCUGCUGCCACCGUCACAGCCACCGUCGUGAUGACCACGGCCGCCAUGGACCUGCGCGACUGGCUGUUCCUGUGCUACGGGCUCAUCGCCUUCCUGACCGAGGCCAUCGACAGCACCACCUGCCCCUCCGUGUGCCGCUGCAACAACGGCUUCAUCUACUGCAACGACCGCGGGCUCACCUCCAUCCCCGCCGACAUCCCGGACGACGCCACCACCCUCUACCUGCAGAACAACCACAUCAACAACGCCGGCAUCCCCCAGGACCUCAAGACCAAGGUCAGCGUGCAGGUCAUCUACCUGUACGAGAACGACCUGGACGAGUUCCCCGUCAACCUGCCCCGGUCGCUGCGGGAGCUGCACCUGCAGGACAACAACGUGCGCACCAUCGCCCGCGACUCACUGGCCCGCAUCCCGCUGCUGGAGAAGCUGCACCUGGACGACAACUCCGUGUCCACAGUGAGCAUCGAGGAGGACGCCUUCGCCGACAGCAAGCAGCUCAAGCUGCUCUUCCUGAGCCGGAACCACCUGAGCAGCAUCCCGCCGGGGCUGCCGCACACGCUGGAGGAGCUGCGGCUGGACGACAACCGCAUCUCCACCAUCCCGCUGCACGCCUUCAAGGGCCUCAGCAGCCUGCGGCGCCUGGUGCUGGACGGCAACCUGCUGGCCAACCAGCGCAUCGCCGACGACACCUUCAGCCGGCUGCAGAACCUCACCGAGCUCUCGCUGGUGCGCAACUCGCUGGCCGCGCCGCCCCUCAACCUGCCCAGCGCGCACCUGCAGAAGCUCUACCUGCAGGACAACGCCAUCAGCCACAUCCCCUACAACACGCUGGCCAAGAUGCGCGAGCUGGAGCGCCUGGACCUGUCCAACAACAACCUCACCACGCUGCCCCGCGGCCUCUUCGACGACCUGGGGAACCUGGCCCAGCUGCUGCUCAGGAACAACCCCUGGUUCUGCGGCUGCAACCUCAUGUGGCUGCGGGACUGGGUGAAGGCCCGGGCGGCCGUGGUCAACGUGCGGGGCCUCAUGUGCCAGGGCCCCGAGAAGGUCCGGGGCAUGGCCAUCAAGGACAUCACCAGCGAGAUGGACGAGUGCCUGGAGGCGGGGUCGCAGGGCGGUGGCACGGCCCACGUGGCCGCCAAGACCACCGCCAGCCACCAAGCCGCCUCCACCACGCCCCAGGGCUCCCUGUUCACCCUCAAGGCCAAGAGGCCGGGACUGCGCCUCCCCGACUCCAACAUCGACUACCCCAUGGCCACGGGCGACGGCGCCAAGACCCUGGUGAUCCACGUGAAGCCCCUCACGGCGGACUCCAUCCGCAUCACGUGGAAGGCCACGCUGCCGGCUGCCUCCUUUCGGCUCAGCUGGCUGCGCCUGGGUCACAGCCCGGCUGUGGGCUCCAUCACCGAGACCCUGGUGCAGGGGGACAAGACGGAGUACUUGCUGACGGCCCUGGAGCCCAAGUCCACCUACAUCAUCUGCAUGGUCACCAUGGAGACGGGCAACACCGACGUGGCGGAUGAGACGCCCGUGUGCGCCAAGGCGGAGACUGCCGACAGCUACGGCCCCACCACCACGCUCAACCAGGAGCAGAACGCCGGGCCCAUGGCAGGCCUGCCCCUGGCCGGCAUCAUCGGAGGCGCCGUGGCCCUGGUCUUCCUCUUCCUGGUUCUGGGGGCCAUCUGCUGGUACGUGCACCGGGCUGGCGAGCUGCUGAGCCGGGAGAGAGCCUACAACCGGGGCAGCAGGAAGAAAGACGACUACAUGGAGUCGGGGACCAAGAAGGACAACUCCAUCCUGGAGAUCCGCGGGCCGGGGCUGCAGAUGCUGCCCAUCAACCCAUACCGCGCCAAAGAGGAGUACGUGGUCCACACCAUCUUCCCCUCCAACGGCAGCAGCUUGUGCAAGGGCACGCACACCAUCGGCUACGGCACCACACGGGGCUAUCGGGACGGCGGCAUCCCCGACGUAGACUACUCCUACACAUGAUGCAGGCCCCGGCCCGGCCACGCCUGCCGAUCCCAGAGAGCGAGAGAGUGAGAGAGAGAGGGCGGCCAUAGGUCACCGCCCCAGCAGAGAGAAGGCCGCG